AAUAGGGAUUGACACCAUCGUUCACUUCAACGUAAAGGUAUAAACUUUCUUCCUCCUUAACGUCAAAGUUUCACGCGAUCGUCUCUGUGGAACUCCCUCAGCAUCGGGUAAUUCCCUGAUUUUCCCAACUCGCUCUCGCGGAAACUCUCGAUUUCGAUUGGGCUCUUGAGGAGGUUAUGCAGUUCUUGGAUCCCCUGAGAUUUGUUGUCAAAAACCAGCUUCCAUUACUGAUACACUAUGCCUCCGUCUCAUUCUCAGAGAUCUUCAGUGACACCAGCAUCAGACAGUUAUCUCAAAUGCUACUAUCACUAAUCUUCUUCCACAUAUCCGAAUACAUUCUAGCCAUCACCAUUCACGGAGCAUCAAACGUAACUCUUAGUUCGCUUUUAAUCACCAAGCAUUACGCUUUAGCAAUGCUUCUGUCGCUUCUCGAAUACCUAACGGAGAUUAUCCUCUUCCCGGGGCUGAAACAACACUGGUGGGUCAGCAACUUUGGACUCAUAAUGAUCAUCGUUGGGGAAAUCAUCAGGAAGGCAGCGAUAAUAACAGCGGGAAGAUCGUUCACUCACCUCAUAAAGAUCAACUACGAAGAGCAUCACGGGCUUGUGACUCAUGGUGUGUAUAGACUAAUGAGGCAUCCAAGUUACUGCGGUUUUCUCAUCUGGUCGGUCGGGACACAAGUUAUGCUCUGUAACCCCGUUUCAGCAGUUGCGUUCGCGGUUGUCGUGUGGCGGUUUUUUGCUCAGAGAAUACCGUACGAGGAGUAUUUUCUGAAUCAGUUUUUUGGGGUACAGUAUCUAGAGUAUGCAGAGAGUGUUGCCUCUGGUGUUCCAUUUGUGAACUGA